AUGCGGCCCGCGGCGGGAGGAGCGGGCGCCGGGCUCCGCUGGCUGGGCCUGGCCGCCCUGCUGGCCGCCCUGCUGGGCACCCCGUGCGCGGCGGCGCAUCAGGACGAUAAGGCCAUCUCCGUGCCGGACCACGGCUUCUGCCAGCCCAUCUCCAUCCCGCUCUGCACGGAUAUCGCCUACAACCAGACCAUCCUGCCCAACCUGCUGGGCCACACCAACCAGGAGGACGCCGGCUUAGAGGUGCACCAGUUCUACCCGCUGGUCAAGGUGCAGUGCUCGGCCGAGCUCAAGUUCUUUCUCUGCUCCAUGUAUGCACCGGUUUGCACCGUACUGGAGCAGGCCAUCCCACCCUGCCGCUCCCUAUGCGAACGGGCUCGCCAGGGUUGCGAGGCGCUCAUGAACAAGUUUGGUUUCCAGUGGCCGGAGCGGCUCCGCUGUGAGAACUUUCCCGUGCACGGUGCGGGCGAGAUCUGCGUGGGGCAGAACACGUCGGAUGCCCCGCCAGGGCCCGGUGGCGCGGGAGGUCGGGGAGCCACGGCACAGCCCACUGCUGGCUACCUACCUGACCUCACCCCGCCGCAGCCUGCUGCCGGCUUCUCCUUUUCUUGCCCUCGGCAGCUCAAGGUGCCCCCCUACUUGGGCUACCGCUUCCUGGGGGAGCGGGACUGUGGAGCCCCCUGUGAGCCGGGCCGGCCCAAUGGGCUCAUGUACUUCAAGGAGGCCGAGGUACGUUUUGCCCGGCUCUGGGUGGGCGUGUGGUCUGUGCUCUGCUGUGCGUCCACCCUCUUUACUGUGCUUACCUACCUGGUGGACAUGCGCCGCUUCAGCUACCCGGAGCGACCCAUCAUCUUCCUCUCGGGCUGCUACUUCAUGGUGGCGGUGGCUUAUGCGGCGGGGUUCCUGCUGGAGGAGCGGGUGGUAUGCCUGGAGCGCUUCUCUGAGGAUGGCUACCGUACUGUGGCCCAAGGCACCAAGAAAGAAGGCUGCACCAUCCUCUUCAUGAUCCUCUACUUCUUCGGCAUGGCCAGCUCCAUCUGGUGGGUCAUACUGUCCCUCACCUGGUUCCUGGCAGCUGGCAUGAAGUGGGGCCACGAGGCCAUAGAGGCCAACUCCCAGUACUUCCACCUGGCUGCCUGGGCCGUGCCUGCUGUCAAAACCAUCACCAUCCUAGCCAUGGGGCAGGUGGACGGCGAUGUGCUCAGCGGGGUGUGCUAUGUGGGCAUCUACAGCGUGGACUCACUGCGGGGCUUCGUGCUGGCGCCGCUCUUUGUGUACCUCUUCAUUGGCACCUCCUUCCUGCUGGCCGGCUUUGUGUCAUUGUUUCGCAUCCGCACCAUCAUGAAGCAUGAUGGCACCAAGACGGAGAAGCUGGAAAAGCUGAUGGUGCGCAUUGGGGUCUUCAGUGUCCUCUACACAGUCCCUGCCACCAUUGUCCUGGCAUGCUACUUCUAUGAGCAGGCCUUCCGUAGCACCUGGGAGAAGACGUGGCUCCUCCAGACGUGCAAAACCUACGCUGUGCCCUGCCCUAGCCACUUUGCCCCCAUGAGCCCGGACUUCACAGUCUUCAUGAUCAAGUACCUCAUGACCAUGAUCGUUGGCAUCACAACGGGCUUCUGGAUCUGGUCUGGCAAAACCCUACAGUCCUGGCGGCGCUUCUACCACAGACUGAGUACCGGCAGCAAGGGCGAGACGGCGGUAUGAGACCUCCACCCGCCCUGGCACACACGCAGAAGAGAGGGUACUCGGCAGAAGGGAGGCAACAGCGGCUCCCUGAAGACGGAGGAAGGGGGGAGGCUUUCCAAAACUUUGGCUUUCUCACAGCGGGGUUAAAAAAUGAUCAUCGCAUAAAGGACUACGUGUGCUGCGUCCAAUGGUGCUUACGCCCGGCUGAGAGGAAAAGCACAGAAAGAGGCCGCUGCCGGGGCGGGAGAGCCCUUCGCUUUCCAGACAGCCCCCUCUCUUUUCCGUGUGCGGGAAGGAAACCAACGCGGCCGAGGCCACCCCGGGCGGGGAGAAGGCGCAGCGCCGC